AUGCAGAACGGAGGAACACAGUCCGGGAAGGAGCAACCAAGACUAACUCUCUACAUAAUCCUCACCACAGCCUUCCUCUCCCUCUUCUUCCUCCUCUCCCUCUCCUCCUCCUCCUCCUCCCCUCCCCACUCCUCAAGAUCCAACCCCCUCCGCCCCGACCCCAGACUCUUCCCUUCCUCCUCCUCCAUCCCCUCCGACACUUCCCCCCCUUCCAUCGCCUACCUCAUCUCCGGAUCCUCCGGCGACUCCCGCCGCAUCCUCCGCCUCCUCUUCGCCGCGUACCACCCGAGGAACCGCUACCUUCUCCACCUCGACGGCCUGGCGACUCAGUCGGAGAGGGAUCGGUUGGCGUUGUCGGUGGGGGAGGUUCCGAUCUUUGGAGCGGCGAGGAACGUUGAUGUUGUGGGGAAAGGUGACUUGGCGUAUAGGAGAGGGUCGUCUCCCGUGGCGGCGACGCUUCAUGGGGCUUCGAUUUUGCUUAGGUUGUCUCGUGGUUGGGAUUGGUUUGUUUGUCUCCGUGUUGAUGACUAUCCUCUCCUUACUCAAGAUGAGCUUCUUCAUAUUUUGUCGUAUUUGCCUAAGGAUUUGAACUUUGUGAAUCAUACUAGCUACAUUGGUUGGAAAGAGUCAAGGAGGUUGAAGCCAGUGAUUGUUGACCCUGGGCUGUAUCUUGUGGAGAAAACUGAUAUGUUUUUUGCUUCACAGAAACGAGAGUUGCCUAAGGCUUUUAAGCUAUUCUCAGGUCCAUCUUUCUCCAUCUUAAGCCGCAAUUUCAUCGAACACUGUGUCUUAGGCACCGACAACUUCCCUCGGACUCUACUCAUGUACCUGUCCAACACACCUGCUUCCCUCUCCAACUACUUCCCAACGAUCCUCUGCAACUCGAAUCUCUUCAAAAAGACCAUCAUCAACAACAACUUACUCUACCUACCUUCUAACGACACUUCUAAAGAAACACACCACCAUCUUGAUCCCAAAGAGUUCACGGAUAUGGUUGAAUCAGGAGCAGCAUUUGCACGAGUGUCAAGCCACGAUGACCCUAUCCUUGAUCGUAUCGAUCAUGAGCUUCUGGGACGCACACAUGGUGAGGUUGUGCCUGGUGGUUGGUGUUUGGGAGAUGCUGGUGACAACAGGAGCUUGUGUUCUGUCUGGGGAGACUCGGGUAUUCUUAGGCCCGGUUCUGGUUCGGAGAGGCUGGAGAGACGGGUUGUUGAGUUACUGUCAAAUGAUUGGUUCAGAUUGCAUCAAUGCAUAGCAGAAUGAUCUCAUCUUUGCCACACGUUCAGUAGAGUAUAUAGUUUGCCACGAGAGCGAUUAACAGCAACGGUGUUUAAAGCUUUAUGUAUGUUUCACAUGUAAUCUUGUGAGUUUGAGUUUGUUGAUUCAUUGGUGAACAUCUCAACCUCUCUCAGCGUUUUUGUUGUCUGUCAUCUAAACUGGGAUAUGUAUGGAGCCGGUUCAAUUGAUUGUUUGGUUAAGUCUUAACCGGUGUAUAAUCAUGGGUUUUAUUCAUGGUUCUAAAAGUUGACGUCAGUUCUAUCCGAG